AUGGCGGCCGUGAGCGACUGCGAACGCGAGCCCGAGGGCGAGGUCGGAUGUGCAGACGCCUCGCUGCGCGCAGGUGGCGCGGAGAACGUGGAAUCCUGGAAGUCUGCAGACGCCGAAGGCGCUCUCGAGAUGGUUGACAGCGGAGAGAAGGGGACUUCAGAAGGGAGUUCUCGUCAAGGAGAACCGCAGGACGCGCCCGCCGGAGCGGGAUUCGAAACCGAGUGCGCAGAGAGCCACGUCGACGCGAAGCAUACAGAUGGAGCGCAUGGCAAAGAAGCUGCGGCGGCCGCGGCGGCGGAGGGAGGAGGAGAGAAAGGCUCAAAUGUGCCCAGCUGUGUAGACAGCCUCCCGACAUACCAGCAAGGCGUUGGCGCAGUGUCAGCGGGAAAAUCCGCUGGAGAAAACGCGGCUGUAUCUCGCGGAGACUCUUCUGAAAGGGGCUCCCCUGCGUUGGUUGAGGCUGAGAAAUCAUCUGUGAAGCUUCUGCCUUCCUCCUCUCCAGACACGGUCGCACCCUCGUCGCGCUCGCCAUCGCCUCCUCGCAACUCGGCGUGUACCCCCCUUCCCGUCUGCCUUUCUCAGAGUUCCCCCCCUCCUGCUGCGGCUUCGUCCUCUUCGCCUUCCUCCUCCUCGUUCUCUUCCUCCUCCGCUUGUCUCGAGGACGACGAGGACGUCUCUGCCUUGUUCACCAUCGAGAUCGACGGCGAUCUCUCUCUCGAGUCCGAGCUCCUGCUCCCAGCUGCCUCCAACCCCGCCACCCCCACCGCCUCUUCUUCGUCGUGUGCUGCGGCCUCUGCUGGCGUCUCGUUCGAAAAGAGCGUCAGCGAGAUCGUCGACGCCGAGAAGGUGCAGUGGGAGAAGACGCGCCGGGGACUGGGCGCCGCGUACGCGCUGCUUCACGCGCGCCUCGUGCGUCGGCUGGUGGCGCUGGGCGCCCUCCGCCCCUGUGGAGACGCGCGUGUCUGCGCCGCCGCGGUGAGCGUCAAACGCAGGAAGCUGACGGACGAGGGGGUCUCCGCGCCGGCGGCUCGCCAAAGCGACGGCGAACGAGAUGCGACGCCGGACGCUCAAGAUGACGCCGCUGCGGAGCGUCCAACCUCCGCCGCCCCGCUGCCUCCACCCCGCUCGGCGGCAGAUGCGUCGGUCUCAGCAGGGCGUUUCGAGAUCUGCGUCGACUUGCUGGCGGGCGUCGUGCAAGAUGCGCAGCUCGCCUCUGCGCGCGCCUGCCAGCGCGGCUGGUCACGCUGUGUGCGGCGCGUCUUCGCGCGGACGGGCGCGGUGCAGGAAAACAGGUACUACGCCCUCGGCGAGGACGGCGAGCGCUGCGACGGGCGGCGCUCUCUGCUGCCGCUGUCCUCCGCGUUGCUGCAACAGCACUGGCAGAAGACGGCGCACGCCGCGGCAGACAGCCGAGAGCAGCCGCCCGCGGCGAGUUGCGCGGACGGCGACUCCGCGCGCGCGCAUUCGUGGGGACCGCUCUGUGCGGCGGAGUCCGAGGAGGGCGACGCGCUCUUCUGCACGCUGCGCGUGCGAAAGGACGCGGCGGCAGCGGCGGCGAGGGCGGGGGACGCGGGGGGACUGGGCGAGGAGGAGAGGCGGACGCUGGCCUUCACUUGGAGGCAGUGGCAGCGCCACCACUGCUUUCUCCUCGCAACGCACCAGAGUGCGACAACGACCUGCUUCUUCUGUGGCAAACUUGCCUGUCCGCGCUCAGAGAACCCGCGAAUCCCGUGCCCAGCGUCGAGGUGUGAGCAGUGCUGCCAGCGAGGCCAUCGGGCCUUCCGUCACGCGUGCAAUCGCUCGCCCGCGCUCCUGCACUCGAUUGAAGACGCGUUCGAGGAUCGCUAUUCGGCGUCGAUGAAGGCCGACCGAGACGAGGUGCGCUGCGUGCGGUGCCGCGCGCGCGGGCAUUUCCUCUGCGGCGAAGCACCAGCCAGCGAAGGGUUCUCGACGCUGGACGUCCGCGUUUGCACGCGGGAGCGGAACCGCGACGCCCGCCAGAACUCAGAUCCCGCCUUCGUGUGGACGCUGGAGGAAGCGAGGCGCUACCUCGCCCGGCUGCCUGCGCAUGUGCGACAGCGCAAAAUGCCGCCUCCGCCUCCCCCCUCCGCGACGACGGGGAGGGCGCGCGAGGAAGAAGACGGCUCACGGUGUGGAGAAGCCGCGCCGCGCCGUCAUCCUCCUCCACUCGCCUCCGCCGCCCCUCGGCGGCGCCUCCAGGACCUGCGGGGCGGCUGGCGAGAGAGAGAAGGCGCAGCAGACGGCGACCCGCGAGACGAACGAGGGAGACGCCCUCACGACGCGCCCUGGAGACACGACGCAGAUGGCAGAGCAGACGGCGCGCGAUGGAGAGAAGAGCGAGACGAACGGCGAGUGCGAGAAAGCCGCACCGUCGUCUUUGGCGGACACAGCGGUGACCGCGGCGACGCGCUCGUCUUCUCCAAGCCGGCGGCGCACGCGCCUCUCCCGUCGGCUGCUGCGGCUGCCUUUGCACCGGCGGCUACGCUGCCUCACCCUCUGCACGCGGCGCCGCCCCUGGCGGCCGUCCCGCUCGGCGCGCCUUUUCCUCUCUGGGGCGGCGGCGUACACCUGCCCGCCCCCCCGCACGCGCCACCCGCGGCCGCGGCGCCGGUCUCCUUCUUCCCGCCGGCGAUCGCCGCCGCGCCGACCGCGGAGGCGUACCGAGUCCUCCCCCCGGGGGCAGGGGAGGCCUGGGGCGCGCGCGAGCGCCGACGGCCUCCGCCUGCUUGCGCGGCGGCGGCGCCCGCGCGGCAGUUGGUUGCCGUCGCGGCGGGUCCCAGGCCUCCCCUGCGCGCGGGGAGAGGCGGUGCCGAGGCGCGCGCGCGGCGGAGCGACUGGCGCGAGGACCCGCAGGCGAGGCACGCGGCGCUGUCCCCCUCGCGGUCGGUGGCGUCGUACGCGGCCUGCGGGGCUCCUCCCUCCGUUCGGUCGGACGGGUGCGCACCCCAGGGGCUGCCCCCGCCUCGCUCGAGUGCUGCGCGGCAGUUUCCGCUGCGAGGCGCGAGGCGCGAAGGCGGCGGAGACGAAAGGCGCCGCGAGCGCGACAAGAGGCCUGCGGGCGACGCGAACUUUGGGGUGGCUUGGCCGCUUCGGCGCUGA